AUUAAGUUGACUAUAUUGUGUUACAGCUUUAAAAAUUUUCAUAAUUUCAAAAGUAUAAAUAAAGUAACGAAUGACUUUUGGAUGAACAAUUAUAUUUUAAGUUGUGAAGUGAUGACUAAAAAUGUUAAAGUGUAUAAUUUUCAUUUCGAGUGAUCGUGUUAGUGACUGAAAAAAGACGUCUGAAGACUCGCUUACGAGUUCACGGCUCGUUAAUUCAGAGUGAAUUCGAAAAAAGAGGUUUUCGCUUGCGCUCGCUCAUCGGUGAUAAAAUUUAUGACGAACGAAUAAACUAAUGCUCCACAUUCUAACGUAUGACGUUAUUGAGACGGAAAAAUGAUUUGGUGGCCACGAGCGCGCGAGAAAGGUGUAUUAGAAUGAGCUGGUGGCGUAUGGGGCGGUGUGCGUGCGCAGAACGGCGGGCCGCGUGAUGCGCGGGAGCGCGCGCGUAGCCGGCGGCGCGACGCCCGCGCCCGCGCCCGCCCUGUGCGCGUGAUGCGCGCGGACCUCGCCGCGCUCUACGCGUGGCUCGUCUGUUGCGCAGCCGCUCUGUCUACGCAUAAAUACAGCACGCGUGUGAUUCGUACCAAGUACGGACCAUUGCGCGGGAUCGUAGUGCAUUCGCAUCCACAAGUGGAAGCCUACCUUGGCGUUCCCUACGCAACUCCACCACUAGGAAGUCUUAGAUACAUGCCGCCUGUGACACCAUCACAGUGGCGUACGACUCGUUUGGCGGACGCGUUAGGAUCCGCAUGUCCGCAAGUGCCCCCUGCGGCCGGACCGCGUGAAGAAGCGUUGCUCAUGCAUCCGCGUGCUCGUAUCCGUCAACUCGAGAGAUUAUUGCCCAUGCUUGUGAACCAGAGCGAGGAUUGUCUCUACGUGAACCUCUAUGUACCUGUUAACGGUAUAGAGGGGGAGAGCGAGGGAGCAGGUCUGCCGUGCCUUGUGUUUGUGCACGGGGAGUCUUACGAGUGGAGCUCGGGUAAUGCAUACGACGGCACUACGCUCGCGGCACAUGGAAACAUCAUUGUAGUUACUAUCAACUUUAGACUAGGUGUACUUGGUUUUCUCAAAACUGGUGCUAAAGGAUCUGCACAGGGUAAUUUUGGGCUAAUGGAUCUUGUAGCUGGCUUACACUGGCUACGAGAAAAUUUACCAGCUUUCGGAGGAAACCCUGAAAAAGUAACUCUCAUGGGACACGGUACUGGAGCAGCGCUUGCCAAUUUUCUUUCCGUCUCUCCGGUCGCCAGAGAACUACUGAAGCGCGUCGUCUUGUUAAGCGGGUCGGGGCUUAGCUCAUGGGCGUUACAGAGAGAACCACUCACAAUAAAAAGAAAGGUAGCGGAACAAACUGAAUGCCACGGGGAUUUGCUUGAAGACGACUUGGCGCCAUGUCUACGCAACAAACCGCUCGCCGAGCUGCUUGCGAUUCGGCUCGAUCCGCCCCGCUUUUUACCUGGAUUCGCGCCGUUUGUAGACGGAACUGUUAUCGUGAAUCCCUCUUCCGCACCUCCGCCGAGUGACAAUUCCCGACUAGGCGCGGGUGCGGCUGCCGUGGCGAGCGCUGCGGGACACGAGCUCGCCGACUUUCCGCAUAGGGAGCUAUUGUUUGGUCUGACCACAACAGAAUCUUACUUGGAAUUCAAUGCUCAAGACUUGGAGUUUGGCUUCAACGAGACUCGGCGGGACCGCAUUCUGCGCACCUUCGUCCGUAACGCCUACUACUACCACCUCAAUGAGAUUUAUUCCACCCUCAAGAACGAGUACACGGACUGGGACAAACCUGUACAGAAUCCGCUUAGCGUACGAGAUGCUACGCUAGAAGUUCUAAGCGACGGUCGGACCGCAGCUCCCUUGAUUAGACUCGGCUACCUCCAUGCACUGCGCGGCGGUGUGACGUAUUUCACACAUUUUCACCAUCUCUCACAGGAUAAAGACUACCCGCAGCGUCCAGGCUCGGUUCACGGCGAGGAGCUUCCAUAUUACCUUGGAGUGCCACUAUCAUUGUCCAACCACCAGCAGAACUUUACGCAGAUUGAACAAAAAUUAUCGAAGCUGUGCAUGCACUACCUUGCGAAUUUUGUCAAAUAUGGCAAUCCAAAUGAUCCCUCUGCAACACCGCCGCCAAGCCCCGUGAUGGGGGAAUCGGUUCAACUCGGACCAGACCAGACUCCCUACUGGGAUACCUACGACACUAUUAACCAACUUUAUAUGGAAAUCAGCGGCAAGUCGGAGAUGAGGAGUCACUAUCGUGGUCACAAAAUGUCGUUGUGGUUGUCCCUCAUACCGCAACUGCAUCGUCCCGGAUCAGAUCUGCCAGAUGCCGCUAUGAGACAUCAUCACUUUCAAGACGAUAAUGCCAAUUAUUAUGAAGGUGCAGUAAGAACGCAAUCGCUUUCACGCGCACAUGUACCACAUGUAGUAAGCAUUGACGUUGGAAGCCGUGGGGGGGAAUUAGGUCGCAGUACUCCUCCGCCACGAUCCGCCCAACCAAAACCGUCUCCAGCUCCUCCUGCACUAUCAACGGAAUGUCCUCCAAACUCAACGACUACGCCCAUACAACCUGAUGAUGCUCUUUUACGUCGGCUCGCUUCAUCCCAUUAUCAAUCAUACACCGCGGCUCUCACUGUAACAAUCGCUGUCGGUUGUUUCCUAUUACUUUUAAACGUUCUGAUAUUCGCGGGAAUUUAUCACCAGCGAGGUUCCCGGCCUCGGCGUUGCAAAGAUGAUCUUGCCGAGGCCGGGAGUUCUUCAUCUUCUGACAAUUAUGACGGAAAAUUAGAUUACGAAGUUAGAGCAUUUGACGGAAAAGGUUUCGGGUUCGAGUGUAAGUCAGCGCACGUGCCGCGCAGUUCGGGCUCCAAGUUUGAUUUGCGGACGUUAUCGGAUUGUGGAGAGCCCACUUUUGGCGAGUACAGUUGUUACGAUGAGAAACAUCGAGCAGCGCGCAGUUCGUUACCGGAUGUGAGUGUUGGAAGCGCGAUAGAGGCGGGUAGUGUUGUUUGUAUUGAUACUCAAAAACCAGAUAUACAAAGAGUUGAAGGCCGAAAUUCAGACGCUAUUGGUAGAACUAGUACUUUUGAACCACGCGUUGUAGAUAGUUCUACUCAAGUCAAAUUUGGGCCGAUAACGGAUUCGUCAGAUGUAACAUCCGAUACGAAUGGUGAUUCCGAAUCGAUUGCUGCAGGCGGCUCUGGCAUUUUGAGAGUGCCACCAGCAGCUACAACACCUGCACCUCCAGGAAUUAUGAAGAAGCGAGUGCAAAUACAAGAAAUAUCAGUAUGAGACUUACAAAUAUUAGACACUGCGGAAGUAGUAGUGAAUACACGGACAAAGUUGUGAUUUCCAAAUUUAUUGCCAUGUAAAUAAAUGUUAAAAUAAUUUAUUCAAAGCCAAAUGUAUUGAUUAUCAUGUAAAUAAUGUAAACGUAACACAACUAAAUCAUAUUUAUAUGCCUAAGUAAAUUCAGAUAUACCAAUGCGAUCCUCUUGCGUAUGUGAAAAUAGGUUGUAAAUAUAGGUUACUUUUCAAGUUUCUGCUAAAUCGUGGAAUGGUUAUUUGAACUGCAGACAUGUUUAAUAGGAGAUAAGACAAGUUCAAUACAAAUGGUUAGUUAAAUGAUACGAGAUCCUGAAAGAUAUAAUUUCUGUACGUCUUGACUACUAUUAGAUGUUUCCGCUCGAAGUAGUAAUGUAUAAAGAUUGUAGAUUAAUUCUAAGCUGAGUUGUAUACUUAAUAAAUGUGAAUAUAACAAUAACAUAGUGCAAAAAGACUAAAGAAAUAAUAGGUGUAUCAUAAUUUUAUCUCUAACAAGUGUUUGAAUGACGUAGGAUAAAUUAUUUAUAUUGCGUAACUACAUGUGUAAUUUUUUGUAAAGUUACUUUGAUGAGAUAUUUUAAUUUUAAGUAGUUUUUGAUAAGUAAAUAUUGAAAACUAUAAUAUUACGACGAAUGGGCGAGUACGAGUUUGUAUGGAUAUUCAAAUCAGUUUUUACUCCCAAGCUCAUUAAUAUUUUAAUUUAAAUUUAAGGUAAACAGGGUAAUUUUGUUUUAAUAAAAUUCCAUUGAACGCUGAUAUUAUUAAUGUGUAAGUUUCAACGGUUCCCCUGUUUAACUAUCAUUUUUUUCUUAUAGAAAUAUAUAAUAACUGUUGUGAAAUUUAUUAAAAACAUUAUCGAUAUACUUGUUGUACUCGUCCAAACUUUUAUCUUCGCAGGAAUUGAUGAAUAAGUAAUGAUGAGUGGUUUAGUAAAUAAUAACCAUCACAAUCCACAUUGUGACAAAAUGUGACAUUAAAGAUAUGUUUGAAUUUCUAGGUAACGAAACCCGAAAUAUAUACAUCAUCAUACAUAUAAUUGUGGAAUUGAUUAAAAUAAGGGCGUUACUAUUAAUAAUGAUAAGAUUUUGAAAUCGCAGCGUUCACGACGACUGUUAUGGAAUUUAU